CACCAUUGGUGAUUUCUAUAUGGCGUGUUCGCACGGUGGGUGUUUUUGUAAUUGAUCGGCGGGUGAUGAAUAAUAUUGUGAUCUGAAGUUACUUUCAAAUUGUGUAUGUAUUUUGGUAUAAACACAAAAAAAUCAUUCACAUUAAAUAAAUACAUUGCUCCGUCUUGUGCCUUAUCUUCAAUAGAAAACAAAUUUGAAAAUCACAAUAAAGAAUAAUGACACCAAUUGAAGAAUUCUACAAUGGACAGACACUUCUGGUAACCGGGGCAACAGGGUUUAUAGGUAAAGUUCUUCUGGAGAAGAUUCUUAGGUGCUGUCCAGGAAUCAAGGAUGUGUUCCUGCUGGUGCGGCCCAAAUGGGGGCACCCAACUCAAGAGAGAGUUGAUCAAUUGAUGAAUUGUAAGCUGUUUGAUAAGCUUCGACAAACUCAGCCAAAUUUUGCAGAAAAAGUUCAUGCGAUCAACAGUGACCUUCAGCAGCCGCAGCUUGGUAUGAGCGAUGAAGACAUCGCAACACUUCAAGAAAAGGUCACAAUCGUUUUUCAUGUUGCAGCUACAAUCAAAUUUGAUGAAAAAUUAGGGCUCUCUCUCAAGUUAAAUGUUGUGGCCACUCAGGAAAUGUUGAAACUCUGCAAGAAAAUGAAUAGUCUUCAGGUAUUUGUUCAUGUAUCUACGGCAUAUGCUUACUGCGACAGGGACCAUAUAGAAGAGGUUGUUUAUCCCCCACCAGUUGAUCCAUACAAGUUACUAGGAGCAAUUGAAUGGAUGUCCGAAGAGAUGGUAUUGGCGAUUACUCCUGAAAUGAUUGGUAAACGGCCAAACACUUACACAUUCACUAAGGCACUCGCUGAGCAUGUUUUGCUAAAGGAAAGUGAAAAUCUGCCUGUCUGUAUUGUCAGGCCAUCUAUAGUUGGAGCAGCAUGGAAAGAACCCUUCCAGGGCUGGAUUGACAACUUCAACGGCCCCAGUGGACUAUUCAUUGCAACGGGAAAGGGGUUACUGCGGAGUAUGAAGGGAGAUACAGAGGCCAUUGUAGAUAUUUCACCAGUCGACUACGUAGUGAAUAUGAUGGUAGCAGCAGCCUGGCAUACUGCUAUUAAAAAUGAUUCAUUUUUUUCUUCAGAGGACAUACCUAUAUAUUAUCUGAAGACGCCAUUGGAGAAAUCUUUUAGGCGACCAAGAGCUUGCUUCACACAAAGCCACAUGGCCUGUGAAUAUUGGAACACCGUUGGCACCAAGAUACCCAGUAUGAUGAUUGAUUUCUACCUCUGGAUGACCGGACAAAAACCAAGAAUGAUGAAAAUAUAUGACAAGAUCCAGAAAGCGGUAAAGAUGUUGGAAUUUUUCACUACCAACAACUGGCAGUGGACAAACACAAACUCACAGCACUUGCAGUCAUCAAUGACAGAGGAAGAUAGAAAGAUUUUCUUUUUGGAUGUGAGACCACUUCAUUGGCCUACUUACCUAGAGAACUAUUGCAUCGGUACCAAGCAAUUUGUACUAAAUGAAAACUUAUCAGAUCUUCCAGCGGCUAGGAGACACAUUAAAAUGUUGCGUAACAUUCGCUGGACGUGUAACAUGAUCAUAGCGGUGAUCUUAUGGCGUGUACUCAUCGCCCGUUCUCAGCUGGCUCGUAAUCUGUGGUAUCUUGUUACAAAUCUGGUCUUCAAAUUCUUGCGGUAUUGCAGGCUAAGCUCAGCAAAGCAGUCAUAAGUUAAUCGUGGUUCAAACAGAAGGUCUUGUAUUAAGCUUUGUCCACAAUAUCAAAAUUUGUGACAAAUUAGUGUGAUGUGUCCAUAUAUGGGCAUGUUGAUACCAAAUAUGGGCAUGUUGAUGUCAUUACACACAAAUAUGGGCAUAUCACAUUUGUCACAUGAAAUUUGAUAGUGAGGACAGACCUUUACUAAUAAAAAAAAAACAAAUUGUUGAAAGAUUUGUAAAAAUGUUAUUAGAAAAUAUCUGAUCGAUCAUUAAUUUAUUGUUGUAACCAACAAAAACACAGGAACCAACUUGUCACAAAGUAAAGUGUCGUAUAUGUAAAUACUAAAGCAGAUUGUGGCAAAUAUACUGUAUAAUAUUUAAGCUUUUUAUUGUCACCAUAUGUAGCUGAUAUUUUUUUGUUUGUUUUUGGUUCUAUUAAGGUAAAAAAAAACUGUGGUGUGAAAAAAAAAACCUAUCCAAAAAAAUGAUGAUUUUCAUAUUUUUUACAUAGAAAUUUAAAGAAAACUAAUAAUCUAACCAAUAUACUGUGCACUAAAUUUACCACUGUUCUUUCAAGUAUAAGGUUAGCUCAUUUUUUUGUAAGGUUUUUAAAUUGAUUUUUUUAUUUAAAAAAUUAUCAAUUGUUAUUGUUAAUUACAUAACGAUAGUAUUAUUAAUUAAAAUUUGGGUAAUAAAAAUGGAGGGAAAAUUGAAUUAACAAUAAUUUAUAAAUAAUUAGAUUUGACUUUAUUUUAUUACCAAAUAACAAAAAAUAAUAUCUUUCCUUUGCUCUUUUGCAUAUACCCUAACAGGCCUGAAUAGAAAAGUGUGCCUCUGACCAUGAAAAAAUUAUCUUUAUAAAAUGGCUCCAGCCCCAUAUGUUAAUCUGUACAGUAUAUAUAGCCCAACAAUGGUUGUCUGAAGCCAAAAAAAUGAUUUUUCCCCUGUGAGGUGUGACUGCUGAAUGCUAUUUUUUUGCUCUUUUCCCAGCCCUGUACCCAUAAAUUUGUUGGUAAUCAAUUUAUUGACCUAUUUCAGUGUUUUAAUUUAAUUUUCUAUGGUUCCUCGCGUUGUUUUUUUUUUUUUAUUGUCACCGCAAUCUGUAUAAUAACUAUAAAUACAUUGAUUAGAUUCACUGAUAACUGUAGCAGCAAACAUGUAGCAACUUCAGUUAGCGUAAUAUGUGUGUAGCGUAGCUAGUGGCAUCCUAUAGGCAUACUAUGUGAGAGUAGUUUUCAGGGUAAUUAUCGUGCAACAAAUUAUUCAAAUUGAUGCAAUCAUACCUGUUGAUGUAUAUUUUUUUGCAAGCUAUUUUUUCUCAAAUAUUUACAUCACAGGUUCAUUAUAAAUCAAAUCAGCUUUAUUAACCGCCCAUGCAAGAGAGCGUCCAUGAGAGAGUAGAGGUAGAGGUACAUCUAUGAUGAGACCUGUUUACUGUAAUAUCGUAUGAAAGCUAGUACUGGUUUAAAGUUUGUAAUUCUGAAAACAAUUUUGUAAUAACUAGGAUCUUUGAUAAAUUUGACGUCGUUGAAAUUUAUGUAUAUAUCAAGCUACAAUUCAUGUAAGAUAUCGAUGAUUUUGGAUGGCUUUUGUAUAUCGGCGCAAGUUUGAAUGUCAUGCUCGUCUAUGGUUCUGGUGGUUGAACAAGUUUUCUCAGAUAAGGACUACAAUCUGUAGGCCCAGUGUACACAAUUUGGCUCAUGCACUUUAAAGAACCCAGUACACACUAGGUAAGGGGGGUUACCCCAGUGUACUGGACCAUACAGCCUCUGUUGUGGACAGACAAGAGUAGCUGGUACCGAUUUUCCGGGUAGCUCAGACGCAAAAUAGACCCUUAGGGGAGAAGCAAGUAACUCCACACCAUGAUCACUUGAGACUUGGGUAUCUAAGCAUAUUCAAUAUCAGCCAUAUUUUGAAUUACCUUUGUCAUUCAUUAAGAUAUUUGUGUGAACCUUGUAGAAAGCAUGCCCUGUAGAAUUGGUUUUAUUCCCUGUGGUCACAAUGUGUUUUGUACACAAGAACUGAUUAUUUCAAAUCUUUAAACUCAUAAAUUUGCAGCUGCUUUUGGCCUCCAAGAUUUAAGAUUAAAAUAUCAACUUUUAUGAGAUUUGUAUAAUUCUGUUUGUAGAGGGCAGUAGGUAAUAGGAACCUGCAGUUUAUAGAAAGGUUAACUCUGUUUGAUGGUCACAUAUCCCUUGAUUCACAUUCCAAAAUGUGUUUAUAUCUCCCAUGUUUUGAUACAUCAGUAAACUAUAGUAAAAAAGGGUUCAGAUAUAUUAUACCUAUAUUACAAUCCACUGCAGUUGAAUAUUUCCAUAUAGUAUAACUUAAGAUAUAAUCAGAGAGUUGUGUGGCUUGAGGGAUGUAUUUUUUUGUUUUUUGAUGCAAUACACCUGAGUAUUAAUUGAUUACACUUGAUAAUUGAUUAACUGAUCAAUUAAACUUUUUGAUUACUCUGAACAAUUAAAUGAUCAAUUACACUUAUAUAUUAAUUAAAUUAAUUUAAUUUAUUAUACUUAAAGUAAUAAUUAUCACAUAGGUACAAUAACAUAACUGUAACAGCGUAACUAAAUAUUCAUUUUGGGAAAAUGUUUUUUUCCGAAUAUAUGUUGGCGCCGGCAGGGAGUUUGAAGGUGGAAAGGAAUGUAGAAUUUAUUGUUCAAAUAUGCAUCAUUAGUAUACAAGUAUUAUUGUAAUUUUUCUUUCAAGAUUUCAAACAUUUUUAAUGUAAGGGUGGCAAACAAUUUAAACAUUUAAAAAUCUAUAUAUUGAGUCCUGUAGCAAAGUAUCAAUAUGAAGUGGAAUUAUUUAAAAUUCUGCAGAUGAUCUUCGAUUUCAGUAUUAUAGUGCUGAGGUUUAUAAGAAUCCAUCAGAGUAUAAGUAUUUAAAUCUUUAUACAUAUUUUAGGCAACUUGGUUCCAGAAUGAGCCUUUAAGGAGUGUAUUAAAGUGACUAAUCAGGACAGUGACUAAUCAGGACAGUGGAAUGGAAUACGUGCGCACAUUUUUUGGAUGAAACAGCUCCAUUUCCUAUGCCUAGCAAAGGAACUUGGUUUAUAAAGCUUCUUUCCAUCUAGUACGAUUUUUAAAAAAAAUGUUUCGGUGCAAGUGAACAAGACCAUGUUCAGUUUAUAAACUUCAACAAAUAAUACAGUAUUUGAAUUCCUUACCUGCAGUAUAUUUAUUAUGUUAAGUUAUUACCUUUCGAUUGACCUUUCCGAGUGUCAAUCAAAAUUGACAACUAACAAAUCAGAACAUCGCUAAGAACACGCAUUUGUCCCACCAACACGUGUGUGUCCCACAUGUGUUUACGUACGUUUACGUUCAGAAACAAUAUCCAAGGGGCGUGGUUUAGCAGAAAGUUCCUUUGAAAGUAAACAACGAAAAGGAUAUUUCCUUCAGUAAAUAGAUAAUACUGUUCCUAUUUUUUUUUCAUAUAGGCUGGUAAUAUAUUUAAGGAUUUUCAUAUUAAAGUCUGUUAAUCAGCAAAAAUUA